GGGGAGUGGGAUCCAAGCCCCUGGGGCGAGGUAGAGGAAGCUGGCGGCUACCGCUUCCGUGGUUUUCUCCUGGUGUCCAGCAGAAACGGCGGCGGCCCCUUGCGCCAAUCCAGGAUUCCCCAGGACCCUCGGCUCUGCGCGAGAACGGGCCCGCGCUUGCCAAGGCCGAGGGGCAGGAGUGAACGUGGCCCCCGUGGGUCUGCGGCCCCGAUAGGGUAAGGAAGGAAGAGUGAGCAGCGGAGAAACCUAGCCAAUUGUACAGAAUUUAAAUCAUCUCUCAGAUGUGUACAGUAGAACUCAAGAAGACAGACUACCAAGGGUCAUCUGAAGUCGUGAUUGGGUCACUAAUAAUACCAGGACAAAGUUAGAGAUCACUACUCAAGCAUAAGCCCCAGUUUUCAUAAGACUGCAGUGAAGAUGUUUGAUAUAAAGGCUUGGGCUGAGUAUGUUGUGGAAUGGGCUGCAAAAGACCCAUAUGGCUUCCUUACAACUGUUAUUUUGGCCCUUACUCCACUGUUCCUAGCAAGUGCUGUACUGUCUUGGAAACUGGCCAAGAUGAUUGAGGCCAGGGAGAAGGAGCAGAAGAAGAAACAAAAACGCCAAGAAAACAUUGCAAAAGCUAAACGACUAAAAAAGGAUUGAAGGACUGAACAGGCUCUGCAACCAGAGGAAAAUCAUUUGGAAAAUUAUGCAGCUUUGGAAGAACCCACUAAAGUUUCUUCUUUGGAUUUCUUGACAGUAUUAUUUAGUGACCAAAUGGAAGAAUCAUGUUAGUUCUGACCUCAAUACUAUAGUAACUUUUAGGCUUGGGUGUAGAAGUUUGUAGGUUUCUAUUGACAGUUAUUGUAAAUUAUCAUUUACUGUGGUACAAAUUCUUUAUAACUGACUUAGUCAUUUGCCGCUUAGCAGUUUAUCUACUGAAAUGAAAACAUCCUGUGGGGAAAAGUGACUUUAGAUUAUGAACUCAAUUCAAAUGAACUCUAUUUAAAAUGGGGUCCUGUUUUGGACAAAGGAAAUUAAGAAUGUAAAAGUCAGAACUGUCUUGUUUGAGGUAAAAGUGUGCUUUGGCUUAAAAGAGAUACAGUAUAUUAAUUACGUCUUUUAUUAUUAUUGCUUAUUUCUUAGAAUCAUUUCUGGCUUUCUCAAAACAAAAUAAUAUUAAUCGAUGAGUACUUCUAUUUGCUGCAUUUUUCUUAUAGUCUUUGAGACAGCUGGUAAUUAUUAAGUCAUUUUGCAUUUUUUAAAACAAUUUUAUAAAGCAUUCUCUUAUCUUGACUAUGUAGAAUACCACCUACUGGAUAGAACAAUUUCUGUACUCACAAACACUGCCAUUUUCUUAGAGAUGGCUUGUUGAGAGGAGUAACACUAUGGUUUAAAGCUUGCAGUAAAAAUGCCAAACACUGUAGUACUUUGGAACCGGUUUAUUCUUGUGCUAAGCAGAACUGUAAAACAGUUAAAAUGUCUUAUCAAGUAAUUCGCUGAUUAUAUAGACACCACUUUUGUGUUUUAUUUCAUUCUUUGUUUUAACUCAAGUGGUAGUGAUAUUUAAUACUUUCUGAUCAAACAGUUUCAAAGUAAAACUUUAAAUUUCACAUUUCUUUUAAAGAACUUGUAAAGCAUAACAGUGAUGUCAUACUUCUUAAGUGGUAAAGAAAGGUAUAAAAUUUGGAAACAUUUUGUUGGGCAUAGUAGUAAUUGGGUGAAAAGGAUAAAUUAUAUCAAAAUGAGAAUGUGCUGUAAUUGGAAGUAAGGAGCUAAAGGAUGUUUCUUUCAGUUAAGUAGUAUAACUGGAAUGUUUUACUAUUAAACGUGGCUUUUAUAAAUGCAUGGUCCAGUAAUUUUGUUCACUGUUAGUAUUUAAUUCACUGUCAGCUUAUUAAUGUUUUCUGUACCCUGAUAAUGAAUUUUAAAUUACAAAAAAUUAUCCAGCAGCUACAGUUUAAAAAUGAACCUAGAUAUUAAAAUAAAUUUGAUAAUUUUUUGUAA